GGCAAGUCUGAGGCUCUGAGGUGGGGGUGGAGAGAAGAAGGAGCUCUGGCUGUGAUACUACGCUUGGAAAGUCGGACUGUGAGUUUUGCCUGUGUGAGCGCAUGAGAAAAAAGAAAGAGGGAAAAAAGAUGGGUGGGCCAGAGAGACAUGAGAAGGAUUAGGGUAGGAUGUGGAGCAACAGAAGGUCGGUUUUCCGUCUCAGCUGAUCUGGAUCUGGACACAAACAGGAAGAGGACAGGCAAAGUAGAAGGGCACAGAAGACAGAGGACCUGCCUGAACAGGAGACUUAAAAAAAGAGCUGAUAACUGAGGAGGCGUGCUCUCACUCACCCGGUGAGGGGAAAAACACUGACUCAAACCAGACAGACAGACAGACAGACAGGAAGGGUGAGAAAAGAGAGCUGGGUGUGGGGAGCGAGGUAAAAGAAAACAUAAGAGAGCACAGGGGCAAAAUAUUAACUCUCUUAGGAGAGAGUGUCAGAUACAGCCGGGAGAAGGAGCCGAGGGGGGAGGGAGGGAGGGAGGGGGAGAUAAAGUUAAAACAGAGGGAGAGUGACAGAAAGCAGAUAGUAGUUAGUGUUGAGCAAGGUGAAGAGGGACAGAUAAAGAGAGACAGUAGGUGAGGGGGGCUAGCGGGUGAAGUUAGCAGGAGGGGAGAGGUAUGAGGGGACAGCUCUUGAAGACACUCUUUUCCUUGAUGAUCACUCUCCUGUUUGUGGGGAGCCUGCUGACAACUUUCAUUUGGUUCAUGUUCAACGACAAUAAUGUGGAACCUCACCGAACGAAUCCUCAAAAGAAAAGCGCCCCUCAGUCCUCCGACCCUUGUAAAGGCUGCAGGGAGAUCAUCGACAAUGUAAUAGAGCGUUACUCUCAAACCUGGAAGAAGCAGGAGGACAAUUACCAAAAAUUCAGAUCUCAGCUGAACAGCAAGUGUCGUGGUUUCAACAAGGCUAUCAUCACCCAGGCCAACACUCCGGUGGGAUCCAAGCUCGUGUACGACGGGGAGAAGAGGAGGAGCCUCCAGGUGACCCCGGAGAUCUUCAGCACCUUUGUGAAGGAGCAUCCUUUCUCAAAUAAAACAUGGGGCACAUGUGCUGUUGUUGGGAACGGUGGGAUCCUGACCAACAGCAGCUGUGGACAGACCAUUGACUCAGCUCAGUUUGUCAUCAGGUGCAACCUACCUCCUUUGAAGAACGGCUAUGAGAAACACGUGGGCAACAAGACCGACCUCGUGACAGCAAACCCAAGUAUCCUCGUAGAGAAGUAUGGGGCUCUGAUGGCGCAUCGCCGUCCAUUUGUUGACAGCCUGCAUACCUAUGGCAACUCCCUGCUGCUCCUUCCCGCCUUCUCCUUCGGCCACAACACUCCUGUUUCCCUGCGGGCCGCCUACACCAUUGAGGACUUUGGAAGCCCCAUCAAGCCCGUGUUCUUCAACCCUGAGUACCUCCAGAGGCUGGCUGUCUUCUGGCGCUCCCAGGGGCUGAGGGCAGUGCGGCUCAGCACCGGCAUAAUCAUGGCCAGCCUGGCGCUGGAGCUCUGUGCCGACGUGCAUCUGUAUGGGUUUUGGCCCUUCAGCACUCACCCACAUGGCUUCCAUCCUCUGACUAACCACUACUACGACGACAGAAAGACUAAAAUGAAAUUCCACGCCAUGCCGGCUGAGUUUGACCUCCUGUUGCGGCUGCACAGUCAAGGCGUGCUCAGGCUUCACCUGGGGGAUUGCCGACCACAUGAAAAGUAGUUCCCACAUCCAGGGACAACUGAAAGUGCAGGAGCAAAGUGCCUUCUCUGUAGCCUCAGGAUGAAGCCAGUCACUCAUGAAGCAUUUCAUACACUUUUAAUUGAAUGGAUCUAUUUUGGCUAAUGAUACGGAUUAAGUGUGACCAAGUGAGGUGGAUGCCUGGAGUAUUAGCAGCCAAGACAUUUGCCUUGAUAUCAAAAUGCAUAAAGACUGUAAACAGCCUUAUUGUGUUAUGUACAGCAGUAUUUAUUAACACAAAUGUUCCAGCUGGAGUCUGGAGGGUUUUAUUUUAAUAGGAAGCCUUUGUGAGGCCUUUAUGAGGGUCUACACUGUAGUGCCUUAUGCUAAUCAGUAACUAAUGAACGUUAUAUAACUGACCAUGGGAGUUUUUAGAUCAAAGUGAAUGUAUUUUGAAGAAAAUCAAAUACCUCCUUUCCAUGAAGAUUUAUUGGCUGACAAAACAGGAACAGAAACAGGAACACUAGCACGCUGAAUGUAAAUGAUCGUUUCACAUUAUGUCUCACAUUCAACCACUUUGAAAACAUAUACCGAGGGGAAAUGUGUGUCACUCACAGAGGCUGGUGCUAGUUGUGGAAGAUGAUUUUCAGUAUUUACUCCACAUCACUGGCACCGCUGGAUGUGAUGCGUACAUGAGGUGAGGGGCCCGCAGCCUCUACCAACACCCCACAGGACCCUCAGUGAGGCGUGUACUGAACAGAGACACCACAACAAAGAAAAAAGGAACUAUGACACAAGGUUGCUAUGGCAGCUUGUUACAAUGUGUUAUCCAUUGUCAAAAAAUACGGCCGCGCAGACCACACACAGGUACUGUCACGAAGUGGCAACGUGUUGGUACAAUGCUGGAUUGGAAACAAAUGAUUUUAAUGUUAUUACAAAUGCUAAUUGAAUGAAUUGUGCACUUGAGACUCUGGUGGGUUUUGUUUAACAGGGAAUAUUGCCUUUCAUGCUGGUACUUAAAAAAAAAAGUCUUAAAAAAACAGUGAAAAAUAACACACAAGCUGACUAUGAUUUUUUUUUUUUCAAGUUGAGAGGGAAAAAUGAAGUUGAAGUAAAUAAAUAUUUAUCAGAAAAA